CAGCAGGAUCGAAGUGUAACACGUUCUGUGGCAGAGCAUAGCUCUGCUCAUAUGCAGACUGGUCAAAUUUCUGUUCCUACUCUAGCUCAGCUGUCCUGAUUGCAGGCCCAUGUCUGUGAUGUUCUUAGCUGUAUUGUGACAUCACAAACUCCACGAUGACGGAACCUAGCUACGCACUGGAGCUGGUCUACUAGGUGCUGAUCGCAUGCUGUGCUACAACACUAUUAACUACUGUCUGUAGUGGGUUUUCAGUGGAUGUGGUGGCAUCAGCAGAACCUAUGCUUCAGGCAUCCUAUAGAAGAAGAUUAUUCUUCAGGGGAUCUGGAUAAAAAGGUUUCUGUAGCUGGAUCAGGCACUGGAAGAGGCUCCCCAGCUGUGACUCUAGUACAGUUACCUUCAGGCCAAACUGUACAGGUCCAGGGAGUUAUUCAGACACCACAUCCAUCGGUUAUUCAAUCACCACAAAUACAAACUGUUCAGGUAGCAACAAUUGCAGAGACAGAUGAUUCUGCAGACUCAGAAGUAAUUGAUUCGCAUAAACGUAGAGAAAUUCUUUCACGAAGACCCUCAUAUAGAAAAAUACUGAAUGAACUUUCCUCUGAUGUGCCUGGUAUUCCCAAGAUUGAAGAAGAAAAAUCAGAGGAAGAAGGGACACCACCUAACAUUGCUACCAUGGCAGUACCAACUAGCAUAUAUCAGACUAGCACGGGGCAAUACAUUGCUAUAGCUCAAGGUGGAACAAUCCAGAUUUCUAACCCAGGAUCUGAUGGUGUUCAGGGACUCCAGGCAUUAACAAUGACAAAUUCAGGAGCUCCUCCGCCAGGUGCUACAAUUGUACAGUAUGCAGCACAAUCAGCCGAUGGUACACAGCAGUUCUUUGUCCCAGGCAGCCAGGUUGUUGUUCAAGAUGAGGAGACUGACCUUGCCCCAAGUCACAUGGCUGCUGCCACAGGUGACAUGCCAACUUACCAGAUCCGAGCUCCUACUACUGCUUUGCCACAAGGUGUGGUGAUGGCUGCCUCACCAGGAAGCCUGCACAGUCCCCAGCAACUAGCAGAAGAAGCAACUCGCAAGCGGGAGCUGAGGCUGAUGAAAAACAGGGAAGCUGCUAAAGAAUGUCGACGUCGAAAGAAAGAGUAUGUGAAGUGUCUUGAGAGUCGAGUCGCAGUGCUGGAAGUUCAGAACAAGAAGCUUAUAGAGGAGCUUGAAACUUUGAAAGACAUUUGCUCUCCCAAAACAGAUUAGUAGAAAUAUUUAACUAUGAACUGAUUACAGCAUGUACAGUUGCUUUUGAAUGCAAUACAAUAUAUAGCCGGCAAGAAUUAUGGCUUUUUCCUUUGUAUCAUUCAUCUAACUUUCUAAAACUAACAUUCCUAAGAUGCUUUGUUGUAUUUAAUUUGCUCUUACCUCUAAGGUCAAUUUUUUAGAAGAGACAAACUGUAAAAAAUGUAUGUAACAAAUUCUUAAAAUGAAGUAUUUGUAAGACUUGUUCCAGUGCAACAUAUUUACAGUUCCCAGUCUCUCUGUCAUGAAUAGUGUCCUAUGCAAUAAAAAUUUUGCAGGUUUUAAGAAUCAUUUUAGGAAAGGGUGAUCAAAGGCAGUGCAUCUCUCCAGUAGUAAGAUAAAAUCAACCCAUAGAGAUACCUCAGGAAAGAAUGAAAGGAAGUGUAUCCUGAUGACAUGACUACGUGAGAAUAGCCUACAAAUGAAUUUAUGCAUUUAUAGAUUUUUAUAAUCGUCACUUUGUAAAGAAAGUAUUGUAUUGCUGUCCUUGGGUGCCACAGUUGAAGACAGUUUUAAAUAGAACCAUGUUGGUUGCUCUUUGUACUAUUUGGUAUUUAUUUAAGUAUCUGAGCAUUUACUACAGCUUCCUACUAUGUAUGUAGUAUGUGAAUUUCUACAAAAGUUUGUGCUGCUUUGCUGUUAUUUAAUGAAAGAGACAACAUAUUUUCAUUAUCUGGAAUGAGUUCCACAAGUAUGAAUUUAUUGCUACACUGGAUCAGCAGCCUUGCAAAUACUGGGCCAUUUCAUUAGAGGACAACUGCAGGGCUCUAGGAGCAGAGUUCAGUGUGGAGCACUUGCCUGGCAUGCUACAUGUUCAGUUGAAAGGGAAGACCUCAAGCUCUGCAAAUGGAAUGGGGUCCAGGGGAAGAGGUUAGAGGUUAGCCUUUGUGCUGUACUAGGCUUCUUGCUGAUCGUCUGGAGAGUUUCUGCUGAUGACCCUCCAUUGUGAAUUCUUGCAACCUCAGGAAUGUUAACGUUUAAAAAACAACCCAAGAUGUCAUUUUUGAUUUUACAACUUGGAUCAAUUUUGUUUUGCUCUUUGGAAUAUAGCUGUGUACAUUUGUCACGUAGGUUUAGGCUGGCCUUAAACUCACAGUUCUCUUGCCUCAGCCUUCUGAGUGCUUGGAUUACGGAUGUGGGCCAGAAUAUCCAGUUUGAUCAAGUAUUCUUUUAUAAAAUAUUACUUUCUUUUUAAUUGCCUGUGUGUAUGUCUAUGUGUAUGUGAAUGUGGGUUCCCAAGAAGGCCAAAAGCUCCCCUGGAGCUAGAGUUAUAGAUAGUUGUGAGCCUUCCAACAUGGGUGUUGGGAACUGAACUCAGAUAUUCUGCAAGAGCAGCACAUGUUCUAAAUGACGGAGCCAUCUCUCCAGGUCCAUGAUAAAAUAUCCUUAUGCCAGAACAUUCAAAUGAAAUUCAUUACAAUUGUGAUAGCUUUGUUACUAGUAGCGUCCAUAGUUGUUUUUAUAAGGAAAAGACUCAAGGUAUAAGCUCGGAUCCCUAACCCUGUGCUAUGUCAUCUUUCUCUCACCAGCAGGUACGGAUUAGACAGUGGGCUAUAGUCGCUGCAUUGCCUAUGGCUGAUCUCUGAUUUGUUAAGAACCUGCCCACCUUCCUUCACUGUCAACAGGGUUGAUAGUGGAUCUGGUAGUGGGUAGGAGGUGGUUUGGCACCCAGUUACCAUUUCUUUAUCUUUAACUUUUCCUUACCUAUAACUUCUAAAAUGUAGGUCCUGGUUUUGUUUCUGUUGCCACAAUAAAAUGCUCUUGACAGAAACAACUUAGGAUAGAAAGAGCUUAGUUUAGUUCACAAUUCCAGGUUGGAUAAUCCAUCAAAGCAUGGAAGUCAAGGCAACAGGAAUUUGAAAUAGCUGGUCACACACACACACACACACACACACACACACACACACACACACACACACAGAGAGAGAGAGAGACAGAGACAGAGACAGAGACAGAGACAGAGAGACAGAGAGACAGACAGAGGGACAGAGAGUCCGAGAGACAGGGAGAAAAUGACUAUGCAUACCUGGUUACCAGCUCAUUUUCUUACACAAUCCAAGACUCAAACCCAGUGAAUGGUGUGUAUCUAUUAACAGAAUCAAGGUAACUUUCCACAGACAUAAGCCCAUAAGCCAACCACAUCUGGACAAUAUUUCAUUGUGACUCUCUCCACAGGUGAAUCUAGACUGUGUCAAGUUGACAAUUAAAACUCACCAGCAGGGCUGGUGAGAUGGCUCAACGGGUAAAAGCACUGACUGCUCUUCUGAAGGUCAUGAGGUCAAAUCCCAGCAACCAUAUGGUGGCUCACAACCACCCGUAACAAGAUCUGACGCCCUCUUCUGGUGUGUCUGAAGACAGCCACAGUGUAUUUACAUAUAAUAAAUAAAUAAAUCUUAAAAAAAAUCUAUAAAACUCACCAGCAUAGGAACUAGAGAGAUGUCUCAGGAGUUAAAAGCACUUGAUGCUCUUUCAGAGGACUUGUACUUGGUUUGCAGUGCCCACAUGGUGCUCAAAUCUGUUUAUAACUUCAGCUCCAUAGGGUCUGAUGCAGUUUUCUGAUCCCUGUGGACACUUGGCAUGCACGUUGCACAUACAUUCAUACACAAAAAUAAAUCUUUAAAACAUCCUAACUAGCCAGGUGGUGGUGGCAAACACCUUUAAUCCCAGCACUGGGGAGGCAGAGGCAGGCAGAUUUCUGAGUUCGAGGCCAGCCUAGUCUACAAAGUGAGUUCCAGGACAGCCAGAGCUACACAGAGAAACCCUGUCUCGAAAAAAACAAACAAAAAAACCAUCCUAACCAUCAUAGCAGAAAUACCAAUUUGAGUUUUAUUUUAAUUUUUUUUUCUGUGGUGUCUCAGCUCUGAAUUUUUUUUAUCUCCUUUCUGUGAUUUCUUUUAUACUCUGCUGAGGACACAAUACAAAAAGAAAUGGGGAAAGAAAGCCCAGGUUUCAGGUGAAGUACAGUGCAUCCCUUGGCCAGAGCAGUUGUUUGCUCUUGGGUAAUAUAGCAAGACAAAGGAAUUGGUAGACCAGAUGUCAACCUGUGAGGUGUUUCAGGUUAGAGAAGCAGGUGGCAUUAAAAGAGGAGACUUUAUGGAGGAGUUUGAUUUUGACCUGGGAAUGCUGGGAGCACUUAAAUAGUAAGUAGCUUAAAUAGUAAGGAGACAUUUUUUUAUAUCACACAAAAAGUCCACAUACAGGAGAUCCCACAAGUACCUUAAUUCAGCUACUUAAACAGUGGAAUUUUGGCUAGAGUCUUUCCUCACCUAGCCCAUCCUCCUUUCCUAGUUCCUGAUCCUAAUGUUGAUGGCACACUUCUAGGCAGCAAGGCUAGAACGGACAGGCACUCACAGCAUCUUGUCUUGUCUUGUCUUGUCUUGUUUGUUUGUGAGACAGGAUUGGGUCUGGAAAAGUAGUAAAUAGGCAACUAGGAAUGGCUUCUGUGGACUGAUCAGUGCUUAAAAGCAUUCAUAAAAUUAAGGACAGCUUGGGAGAGAGCUGGAAUUUGGGCUAAACUCUCAGAGAUACACAGGAACUCAUUUUCCUUCUCAUCUAAUUUCUUCCAUAAACCAAGCCUUUGCCACUCAUUCAGAACCAUCAGGUGUUGCCUGUUGUCUCCCAGAGAGCAGAGUGAGAAGUAACUUGGAAGAUUUUCAUGAACAUUAUAUGUAUAUCCUGUACUUCAGUGUCAUGUGGAAUUGAGAGCUGUCACUGUAUCUCCCCCACCCAUCUUCACAGUUUUAGAAUCUAGGUUAUGGGCUGUACAAAUGACUCAUGCUGGAUUAUGAGAUUACAGCAUGAUUGUGGACACUUUAUGAUGGUAAGUCCCAUAUAAUGGGAGGACACAGAAAAUACCUUUAUGGACUCUUUGUUAUGUCCAGCACACACUCUCUUCUAUGUGUCUAAAAGGCUCUUAAAACCAACACAUUUUUCCCUGCACAUACCAAAACCAGAUAAUUUUGACAUGUGAGGAAAGCACAAGCGCCACUGGUUGGCUCUCCACAACAUAUCCUGAUUCCAUUCUGCUUUAUUGUAGCAGCUCCUUGUUUCUAGAAACUCAAAUGAAAUGUGCCUUAGUUGUUUUUUGAGAUCACUCAUGUCCUAGUUUUGUUUCUGUUGCUGUGGUAGAAUAUACUGACAGAGAGCAACUGCACGUUGAAAGGGCUCAUUUUAUCUCAAGUCCAGGUUGUACUCCAUCAAAGUAGGAACACCAAGGCUGCAGAAGCUUGAAGCUGUCAUGUCACAUCUACAGUCAAAGUAGAGAGAAAGAGUUCCUGGCUACUACUGCAAUCCCUCACUUCAGACUAUCUUCCCAGGUGAUUCUACAUUGUAUCAAAUUGACAAUUAAAAGGAAUGUUCACAACUUGA